CAAAAGUAACUAAAAGUACAAGUAGUUAGGUUAAAAAAAAUGAGAUGUCACGUUGUCACAUUGAGAUAGAAAAUAUAUUUCCUAUGUCAAUGCGUUGUCAUCUAUAUUCUAUUAUCUUUAUCAAUCAAUUCAUUGUCUUGUCAUGUCUGUAUACAUGUGAAGUGUUUACUGUAUUUCGGAAUUACUAAUCAAUUUCUCUAUUUUCAAAUAUUUGGUUGACUACUGUGUGUAGAUGAUACAACAAUUAAUAUCAAUAGCAUCAUUGUAGCAAUUAGCACAAGCGUCAAAUAGCUCAAUGGACAAUAUCACAUAUACGGAAUUAUUUCUAAUGCUUUUAUACAUAAUGGUUUAAAAAUAAUUUAAAUGAACUCUCCAGACAUAGAAAUUGAUAAGAUUGGUUAAGCUGAACGGUUUUAAUCUCCUGAAAACAUAAUGGGUGAUUCAGAGUUUGCUUAUGGGUCGUCUUUGUCGGUGGAUUCUAUGAAAACCAUUGCUGAGAGUAUAGGAAUAGCAAAUUUAGGCGACGAUGCCGCUAAAGAACUAGCAGACGAUGUCACAUAUCGAUUAAAACUUAUUGUGCAGGAUAGUAUGAAGUUCAUGCAUCAUUCUAAGAGACAAAAAUUGUCCAUAACUGAUAUUGAUAAUGCAUUAAAGAUAAAAAAUAUUGAGUGCCAAUAUGGAUUUAUUCAGCCAGAUUCAUUACCAUUUAGAUUUGCGUCAGGUGGAGGCAGGGAAUUACAUUUUGUGGAAGAGAAAGAAGUAGAUUUGUCGGACAUUCUAUCAGCUCCUCCACCCAAGAUCCCUUUGGAUGUAUCUGUGCGUGCUCAUUGGUUGAGUGUGGAUGGUAUUCAACCUACAGUGCCAGAAAACCCGCCUCCAUUAUCUAAAGAAGCACAGAAACUGGAAUCAGUUGAUCCUAUCAGCAAAUUAAGCAAACCUACUAAUAAGGAUGCGGCAGGUAAACCUAUGUGUGGUAAAGCAGCUCGAUUGAAAGCCUCAGAAUCGGUCCACGUGAAGCAGCUGGCCACUCAUGAGCUGAGUGUGGAGCAGCAAUUGUACUACAAAGAAAUCACUGAAGCUUGCGUUGGGAGCGAUGAAGGACGUCGCGCGGAAGCCUUGCAGUCUCUGGCUUGUGACCCUGGCCUUCAUGAGAUGUUACCAAGAAUGUGCACAUUUAUAUCAGAAGGUGUCAAAGUGAAUGUGGUGCAGAAUAAUCUCGCCCUGCUUAUAUACCUGAUGCGCAUGGUCAAAGCUUUGCUUGACAACCAAUCUCUAUAUCUAGAGAAGUAUUUGCACGAGCUGAUCCCGUCUGUGUCGACAUGCAUCGUGUCGCGACAGCUCUGCCUGCGUCCAGAGAUGGACAAUCACUGGGCCCUCCGCGAUUUCGCUGCCAGACUCAUGGCGCAGAUUUGCAAAACUUUCAACACAUCUACCAACAAUCUACAGACAAGGGUCACCAGGUUGUUUGCUAAAGCUCUUCAGUGUCCCUCACAAACUAACAACGAGACUGGUGUGGGCCCGUCAAUGGUUACUUCUAUGAAGGAAUCUGAAAAAACACCACUGGCGUCUUUAUACGGAGCCGUUCAAGGCUUAGCCGAAUUGGGGCCUGAAGUUAUCAAAGUGUUCAUCCUGCCUCGGGUACGAUGGCUGGGGGAGCGCGUGGAGGGGGCGCUGAGCGGGCUGGGCGGCGCCGACAGGCUGGCGGCCGGCAACCUAAAGCACCAGCUGCUCAAGGUACUGGCGCCCGUCGUACGCCAGCUGCGCCAGCCCCCAGACUUGCCGGAAGAAUACAAACGUGACUACGGGUACUUGGGCCCGAGCCUGCAGCAGGCAGUGGGCAAGAUCCGGUCGUCGCCGGCGGGCGGCGGCGGCGGCGGCGCCGUGGCCGUGGUCACCUGCACUCCGCCGCUCGUGCCCGCCGCGCCCUCUCCCUCGCACCAUACCUCACAUCUCUCCCACGGUGCCAAGACUGUCGAGACAAUAGCGACCCGUAACGUAGUGAUCAGUGCUGCACCAGCGCCGCAGUCGCCAGCGCCCUCUACCCCGCCGCCGCAAAAGUUUGUCAUCGUGUCCCAACAAAAAGCGCCACAGGUGGUCAACACCCAGCCGGUUAGCGGCGGCCAUAUUGUCGUGCAUAGCUCGCAGCCCGCCAUCGUCCGCAGCCAAAACGUUCAGUCGGUGGUGGUGACGAGCGGGCCGGCCAGCGGCGCGGGCGGGGCGGGCGGCGCGGGCGGGGCGGGAGGGGCGGCCGGGGCGGGCGCGGCGCAGAAGGUGGUGGUGGUGGGCGUGCAGGCGCCCCACCACCUGGCGCCCUCCGCCGCCGCACCCGCGCAAUCCGGCGCACUCAGCGCCGCGCAUGUCAGCCAGGCUCCCGUGUCGGUGGUGGCGAAGCCCGUGUUCGCCCGGGGCGGCGCGGCGCCCCCGCCGCCUGAGCUGGAUGAUCUCUCACAUCUCGCCUGACCCCGCACCUACAGCGUGGCUAUCGUCAAGCAAUACAUCAAAAAGAACUAGUGAACAAUGUUUUACUACAAGUUAUCGUGACUAUAUCAAAGUGGGGACUAAAUGAUUUAACAAAUUAUCACUUUAGUAGUAUCAAUGAAUUCUGAGAUGUUUAUAUAAAAUGAACUAUCAACAGAUGAUAAUUAUGAACUCAACAUUUUAUUCUUGUAAGUGAGCGACACAAUAGCUUUUCAGUCCUCCGCUUUGGUCCCCUAGUGGUUAAGUUUAUAGUUAUAUAAAAAUCUGGUGACAUUUUCUAUUGCAAAUUAAACUUCCUAGCCUUAUUACGAGUACUUUGGUGAAAUAGUUUUAGGAGUAAAUGGUAUAUUUACAUGAUCAAUAUAAUAUAGUGUCAAUUGAUGUUAUUUACUUUAGUGAGCGAAGACACUUGAGACUUAUUUGGGUGCCCAAUGUAUCAUAACUGAAAAUAGUCUAUAGUAUGUUAUUAGUAUAUUAUUUCAAUAUGCAUUCUAUUAUGUAUGUAAAACAGUUGAUAUAUCUAAAUACAUGAUUAAUUAAUAA